AAAUUAUAAUUAUUAGUUUUUUUUUAAAUAAAAUUAUAUAAUUUUAUAUUAUAAAAUUAUAUAAAAUAUUCAGAGAAAUAAGGAGAAUAAAAUACCAUUUCAUGUAGAAUCGACAAUAUCAAAAAGAGGAUUUGUGAACCUAUGAACUGGGGAAUUCUUUGAUUGGCUAUACCACAGUUUAGCUUUGAUCACACCACUCUGAUCUAUCAAUCUUUCAUGAUAAGAGGCUUCAAGCGCGGGAAAAUAUAUCAAAAAUAUACAAAGAAUAAUGUCGAGUCCUACGAGAGUGUCAGGCACAGAUAGCCCUGGGAGGACUCCUAGAAGACAAACCCAGGGUACUAGAUCUCCUUCUGCGUUUGGUACACCCCGUAAUGCAGCCCGUAGUGGAGAUGAUAAUAAUGUAGAAACUCCAUUAAGAUGGGGUACCAUUGGUGCACGGCAGAAUAUUUUAGAAUCUGGCAACCAAACUGCAACAAUUGUUGCUUCUUCGGAACAUGAGAGUGCUGUUGAUUCUGCUGAUCACUUCACAGAUCAAUCUGGACCAAUUAACGGUUCAGAAAGUGGUCUGCAGUUGUCUUCACCGAUUAAUUAUGGUACACCAAGUUCAUUGGGAUCAAUUCGUACUCCAAGAAGUGGAAUUAGAGGCACUCCGGCUAGGCAUAGGCCUGAUAUUAAUACAGAUAGACGUUUACGUCAGUUUACAUUGCAAGAACCAAUUCCAGAAGGACCAACUGGUACAUCAGAAAGUGAUACAGCAGGUCCACAUCUAGUUGUUUGGGGAACAAAUGUAGUAAUAAAUCAGUGUAAAGAGCAAUUCAAAUUAUUUUUUCAACAAUUUAUUAAUCCAAAUGCAGAGAAUGAUGAAUUGCCAGAAAAUAUGAAUCUAUCAGAACCUUUAUAUCUUCAAAAAUUAGAAGAGAUACACACCUUGGAAGAGCCAUAUUUAAAUGUCAAUUGUGCUCAUGUAAAAACAUUUGAUGAAGUUCUUUAUCAACAGUUGGUUUCAUAUCCUCAAGAAGUAAUUCCAACGCUGGAUAUGGCAGCAAAUGAAUUAUUCUUUGAAAAAUUUCCAGCAGCAGUUCUGGAGCAUCAAAUUCAAGUGCGACCUUUUAAUGUGGCUAAGAUUAAAACUAUGAGGCAAUUAAAUCCUUCUGAUGUAGAUCAACUAAUUACAAUACCAGGAAUGGUAAUUAGAGUAUCACGGUUAAUUCCACAAAUGCGCGAGGCUUAUUUCAAAUGUAGCGUCUGUGCUUUUACGACUCUUGUAGAAAUUGAAAAAGGGAAAACAAAAGAACCUACAGUGUGUGCACAUUGUACUCAUAAAUAUUCUUUCACUUUAGUACAUAAUUUGAGUCAUUUCUCUGAUAAACAAAUGAUUAAGUUGCAAGAAGCUCCAGAUGAGAUGCCACAAGGACAGACUCCACAUACUAUUGUUUUAUUUGCACAUAAUAAUUUAGUAGAUGCAGUGAUGCCUGGAGAUAGGGUUUCUGUAACUGGAAUUUAUAGAGCAGCAACGCAUAAACCUAAUUUUGAUCAUAAUUUACAAGCUAUUUAUAAAACUUAUAUUGAUGUAGUUCAUUUUAGAAAACAUGACUCUAAACGUUUAUAUGAUCAAGAAGAUGGAAAAGAACAUAACUUUACACCAGAAAGAAUAGAAAUGUUAAAAUCAUUGUCACAAAAAGGUGAUAUUUACGAACGAUUAGCAAGACAUAUUGCUCCUAGUAUAUAUGCAAAUAAUGAUGUAAAAAAGGGAAUUAUAUUACAAUUGUUUGGAGGGACUAGGAAGACUUCUACUGUAUAUGGCAAACAUUUUCGACCUGAUAUUAAUAUAUUACUCUGUGGUGAUCCUGGUACAAGCAAAUCACAACUAUUGCAAUAUAUUUACAAUUUGGUACCACGAUCUCAAUAUACAAGUGGAAAAGGUUCUAGUGCGGUUGGUUUAACAGCUUAUGUAACAAAAGAUCCAGAAACUGGACAAUUGAUAUUGCAAACAGGAGCUUUAGGACUUGCAGAUAAUGGAAUAUGUUGUAUUGAUGAAUUUGAUAAAAUGAAUGAAAACGCAAGAUCGGUAUUACAUGAAGUAAUGGAACAACAAACUUUGAGUAUUGCUAAAGCUGGAAUUAUUUGUCAAUUAAAUGCUAGAACUAGUAUACUUGCAGCUGCUAAUCCAUGCGAAUCUCAGUGGAAUAAGAAUAAAACUGUGGUUGAAAAUGUGAAAUUACCGCAUACACUCCUUUCUCGAUUUGAUUUAAUUUUUUUAAUAUUAGAUCCACAAGACGAAACAUAUGAUAGUAAACUUGCUACUCAUAUGGUAUCUUUAUAUUAUAAAACAAUAGAAGAAGAUGAAGAUGAACUAAUAAAUAGGAGUAUUGUUCGCGAUUAUAUAGUGUUUGCAAAAGAACAUGUUCAUCCUGUCCUCAAUGAAGAAAGUCAGCAAAGAUUGAUACAAGCUUAUGUUGAUAUGAGAAGAGUUGGAAGAGGACGUGGACAAAUAACAGCCUAUCCUAGACAAUUAGAAUCAUUGAUACGUUUAUCCGAAGCUCAUGCCAAAGUACGAUUGAGUAUAUCUGCAGGAGCUAGAAAAAGAAGAAAGGAAUUAUGCGAGGCAAUUCAAAAACUUAUUGAAAGCAAGGAUAAAGUUCAUAUGCUUAAUCAACAAAAAAUUUUUGCUGAAAUAAAACAAUCCUCUGAAUUGAGCAGUAGGUAAAACAUGUCUCCUCAUAAGCUACACUACCAACGCCUUUCCUGGGGAGUAUAUUCCGACUGUGUUUGACAAUUAUUCUGCAAAUGUCAUGGUGGAUGGUAAACCGAUAAAUCUUGGUUUAUGGGAUACAGCAGGUCAAGAAGAUUAUGACAGAUUAAGACCCUUGUCUUAUCCACAGACAGAUGUUUUUCUGAUCUGCUUUUCUCUUGUUAACCCAGCCAGUUUUGAAAAUGUUCGUGCUAAAUGGUAUCCAGAAGUACGUCAUCAUUGUCCAGCUACUCCAAUUAUUUUAGUAGGGACUAAAUUAGAUUUACGUGAAGAUAAAGAGACGAUUGAACGAUUAAAAGAUAAAAAACUAGCACCUAUUACAUAUCCUCAGGCAUGUAUUUAUUAACUAUGCUCCUAUUGUUAUUUUAUAUUUGUAACAAUUUAUUAAUGUAAUAUUCCAUUAAUUACAUUUAGGGUUUGUCCAUGGCAAAAGAAAUUGGUGCUGUAAAGUAUUUAGAAUGUUCAGCUCUUACUCAAAAGGGAUUGAAAACAGUAUUUGAUGAAGCAAUUCGUGCAGUAUUGUGUCCUGUUCUUCAAGUGAAACCAAAACGCAGAUGUUUCCUUCUAUAAUAUUAAAUGUCCAACGACGGUGGAGCAUGUGCAAAUGUACUACCCCUCCUCCGAUCGGACUUGAUUGCAGCAGGACAUCUAACUUCUAUUAAAAAAAACCCCGUUGUACGGUCCAUCUCUCUACAAGCAUCUGCCAUGAAAGCGCACAAAAAAUUUAUAUAAUGCGUAUAAAAAAAGAUAAAGGAGAAAAUAUAUGCAAUUUAAGUGUUCACAUUAAGUGUACACAUUAGCUAAAUGUUUUGAUGAGAGAAAGGAAGCCAAAUGAAAACUGAACUGAUAAUGUACAGUAUAUUAGAGUGUGUUAUUAAUAUUAGUUAUUACAUACGAAUUAUAAGAAAUUAAACAUUAUUAUGUAUGUGUGUUUGUGAGCACACUAGAUACUAAUCAAUUUAACAAAAGAGGUAAAUCAUUUUAUGUAAAUGUAUUGUAUAUUUUAGAUUUAGAAUCACAUUCUAAAAUUUUUGGUAUACAAAGAGAUUGAUGUUAUAAUAUUACGAUAUCAUAUGACACGAUUGAUAUGACAACAUUAGGUAAAAAAUAUAUUUGAAUAUUAACAUUAUGCACUAAGAAGUUGUUUCUAAUUUUGAGAAAAGUUGAUUUUUCCAGCUGAUAAUUUCGAAUGAAACUGAUUAAUUGUAAAUCAAUUUCAAAUUAUACUUUUUAUUGUAAAUAUACAGUUGCAAGUAACAUGAAAUGAUUUUCGCCUUCAACUAAAUUGGUUGAUAUUACUAUAUACAUACCAUGGAAUAAGAUAAUCAUGUAAGUUUUAGAAAUGAGCGAUACAAGUGUGAUUUCAAUUCUCUAUCUCUAUUGUAUUUUCAUGUUGUUGCAAUUUUACUGUAAUUGAUACGCACAACAUGGUUAAAGAAAAAAAUAAAAUUAAAUAUCAGAGGUAGAGAAAAAUAGUACGUAUGAAUGAAUGUUUAAUAGUGCAUACAAAAGCCAAGAGAGAAAGACAGAAGAAGGAAUUAUUCUAUAACAAAUAAUUGUACAUAAGUGGUAAAAGUCCAAACUGUAUUCCUAUCAUUAUCAUUUUACAUGUAUAAGCUGCUAAAUCUAAAUCGGACGUUACUUGUUUUUUAUAUAUAUAUUAUAAAUAUAUAUAAAGUGGGGCUGGACCGAGAUCUAUUUCAAUCGUCGCAGAUCCACUGACCUGUGCAAUCUAUCCGGGGAAUGGGGAUUCAGUCCAUAAAAAUAUCAUAGAUACUGUAACUAAAUAA